AUGAGCUUCAGCAUCCCUUCCAGCCUCUCCACAAACUAUCAGACCCUGGGCUCUGUGCGGUAUAACCAGCCACUGGGCCGGCUGGCCAGCAACUCAACCAGUGUCUAUGUAGGUGCCAGGGGCUUCGGCUCCCUGAUCUCUAAGCCCCACUCCACCAAUGUGGGGGUGGCUGAGGGUGUGGGGGUGGCUGGGGGUCCGGGGCCUGGCUAG